AUGAACCUGGCAUAUAACCAAAUGAGCGCCAAUUUGUACGACGAUAACGAGGGGGAGGAGGCCCCCGAGAUAUACGAAACUUCCGAUGUGGAAGAAGUAGAUCCAGGCGAACCCAAAGAGAUACCCAGCCAGAUCAUCGACACAGAAAACGUCUCGAUAGAUAAUAAGCAGAUAUAUGAAAACCACGUGGUUGAUUCCACAGGUUCCGAUUUUGGAGACUCGAUUACGAAGUCGCGAUCGGGCUUCCGUUCCCUAAAAUUGGAGGAGACUACCAAGCAAAAACUGAUCAGGAUACGAAACGAAUUGAGCGAGAUUAGUUUGGACGACUCUGACAAUCGCGAAGUACUUGAAGAUGUCAAUGAUUUGAAGGACGUUUUGAAGAGGCUGGAACAGGGUCAUAUAGAGUCAAAUUUUCAUCCUGUUUUCGUUAGAGGACAUGUGAAUCUAGAAGAGGAUAGUCCAGAGUCACAGACUGAGCCGAAAACUGCACAAUAUUUCACCGAGAAGGACAUAGCGAUCGAGAUAGAUUCCAGGAUAAAGAAUUUGGAGGAUUCCUUAGGAGACACCGAUAUAGAUUCCCCCAAUACCAUCCAGGGUUCGUUGAAUGACAUAUACCGUCGCUUGAAUGUGUUACAGUCAGAUGACGCAUUACACUCUGUCAAAGAAGAGAUCAAGUCAUUGAAUAAUCAGAUGACUACAUUUGCGCAUAGAGCAAGAUUUGAGUCUUUGAGAGAUCAAGAUUCAGGCCCCCAAGACGAGUCUACAACAAAGCGCAUUGAAGCCAUAUACAACAGUAUACAGAGCAAUCCCGAUAUAGGCCAUACCGUUGAUGCAAUACUUAGGCGGCUGAGAUCCCUCAGCAAGCUGCAACUAGACGUUAGCUCGUCUACAUCUCUUCUGGGCCAAAUCGCCAGCAAGAUCCAACUGGUGGAGCAGGACACUGCCCAUUGGGAACAAUCGCUGGAGACAAUGGAGAAAGAGAUAGAUGGAUACUCGCACGAGUCUAACGAAAAUUUACGAAAAGUCCAGGCGUGGAUUGGUGAUCUGGAGACAAAACUGACGAAGAUCGGAUCAUAA